AAACGUGGAGCGUGUCAGCGAAUAGGUUGGUUGGCGCGUGAGUCUCGUCCGCCAACUCAAAAUAUUGCAGAAAAUUCUCUCACUCUCUCUCUCUCUCUCUCAUUUCAAAGUCCGAUGCCGGCUGCCGCAAUGAAUCUAUAUUAGAUUGGCAAAGGUUGGUGUUCGGAGCUGAAAUUGUCCGUUAAUGGCGGAAUUUAUCAUAGGGCCUCGAGUGUACAGCUGUUGUAAUUGUCGGAGCCAUGUUUCGCUUCACGACGAUAUAAUUUCUAAGGCCUUUCAGGGAAGACAUGGCCGAGCAUUUUUGUUCUCCCAUGCAAUGAACAUCGUGGUUGGACCAAAAGAAGAUAGACAUCUCCUGACUGGUCUCCACACUGUUGCUGAUAUCUGUUGUGCUGAUUGCAAUGAGGUUUUGGGUUGGAAGUACGAGCGAGCUUAUGAAGCAUUGCAGAAGUACAAAGAAGGAAAGUUCAUAUUUGAGAAGUUAAAGAUUGUUAAAGAGAACUGGUGACACUACAUUAUUCAGGUCCUUGUUCCAUUAAUUCCAGCCUUCAAGUAACUUUCUAAUGGUUCAUGAAGCUCAUCUUGUACAGGAACAGGAAGUUCUACCCUUUCAAAUAUUUUUCAUUGCUUCUCAUUUCUCAAUCUGGAAAUUGUAAAUUGGAUACUCAAUUUUUGUUCUUGGGAUUUUUCAAAUAUGCAACUUCUUUUUACCUGAUAUGAUUGUUAGAUGUGAAACAUUUAUCCUGUUCUGCUUAUCCAAAUAAAUAACGAAAUAAAUAAAACCUUAAACUGUCA